GUUUGUCACUUGCACGCGGUCACGCCGGUUGGGCGACCACCAGAAACGAGGCUGCAGAACCGCCUGACCGCUCGCGUGCCUUUAAUUCUUACUGCUAAUAUAAAUAAAUGCGAGUGUUUACUUGGGCAAUUGACGGCUAAGGUUCGCCGGAGUACACGUUUUUUUCUAGAGUGUAUCCAUAUUUUGCAUAUGUGUCAAGAUCUCCGUGAGCGAGUGUGUGUGUUUCUGGAACCGCCAUAAAGUUCAAAAUAAGGAACACCUUCGUAGAUAAGACCGGAACGAAUCGGAAUCGGACUUAUCAGCACCUCCACGGAACGCUUACGGCGGAGAGCAGUGCAAAACGGAGCGGACGGUAAACAAGACUAGAAAAUGAACAAAGAGUGGGCCGGAGAAUAGGCAGAGGCAAAGAGAGAGCGAAAAGCCCAAGUUAAUAUGAGUGAAUAAUUAGCCGUAGGCGGUUCAGUCGAGACAUCAUGCGGAAUAUCAGAAAUCUCAAGGAUCCCACGGCGUGGACAUGGCUCCGCCUGUCCCUACUGCCCCUCCUCCUUCUCCUCCUCCACUCCGCCCGGGCGGAUCCCGCGAAGGUGAGCUGUGGGGAGUACGGCACCACCAUCACCUGCGACUGCAACAACUCCGACCAGCCCAUGGCUUUGCCUACUCUGCACGGGGGCGUGGACACCAUUGAGAUCCGCAACUGCCGGGACCUGGUGGUGGAGGCCAAUCGGCUGGCGGACACGAUGGGUCUGCAGAAGGUGGCCUUCCGCCAGGUGGGUCAGCUGGUGCUCCGGGAGUACGCGCUGAGUGUACCGCGAUACGCCAGCAACAAGGCCCUGAUCGUGGAGUUCGAGCAGACGAACCUCAAGCUGAUCGAGUCGCAUGCCAUUAACGGCAACAUCGCGGAGAUCUCAUUCGUGGGCGGGCGCAUCGACCUGAUGAAGCCCUUCGGCUUCACCACCACCAAGGACAGCGCCAUACUGCUCAAGUUCGACGGGGUCACCAUCCAGCGCAUCGAGAGUCAGGCCUUCAAGAAGUUCGCCGUGGAGCAGAUGACCAUCGCCAACUGCCAGGUCCUGGGUGACCUGCCCACCCGGGCGUUCUACGAGCUCGAGGUCACCAACGAGCUGAGUCUGCGGGGCAAUCGGUUCCAGGAGGUCCACUCCCAUGCCCUCUCCUUCAAGCUUGUCUCCAAGCUGAGCCUGAGCGACAACCACUUCGUGUCCGUGGAUGGCGAGUGGCUGGAGGCGCAAAUCCGCGACGCGGCCACCAUCCGGGGCAACAGCUUCGGGGCCACCAGUGAGAUCGCCUUUCGCAGCCUCACCGUGCACCGUGCGUACCAGCUGAGCGAGCACCUGGAGCUGCGUUUCCACAACAACAGCCUGCGCAGCUCUCGUCCAGGAGCAGAUCCCCGAGCGGAUGUCGCCGGAGCAGCAGUUGCCCCCCAGCCACUGCGCUUCGACGGCAGCUUCUCGCUCAGCAUCCGCGAUCUGCGCUACGACAAUUCCUGGAGCUGCGAGCAGCUGGACAGGAGUGUGGAGCCACCCCUGCCCCGGGCGGACUUCUUUCGGCUCCACAGCGAUCAGCUGUUCUUCCAUCCGCCCGCUUCUGGCGGAGAUCAGGGGGUGCAGCCCUACAUGCCGCUGCGACUGCUGAUCACCGAACAGUGUCGCGAGCGCAGCUACAUGGCCUACAUCAUCUCGGGAAGUGUGGUGCUGGGACUGCUGCUGCUGCUGCUCAUCCUACUCCUCUGGUGGCGCGUGGUGCAGCGGCGACGACGCCGCAAACUGGACGUAGUGCAGCCGGAGCCGCGCACCUACAAGGAGACCCAGAUCGUAUACCAAAUCGAGAACGCUGGCCUGCUAAAGACUGAUUUGUAGACGCCAAGGAAAGACAUGCGGAGGGCUGUCUUCGAGCACUUGGAGACCCAGGGCAGACCCUCUGCCCACAGAGACACAGAGCUGAAUGAAGCUAGAGGAGCGGGCGGUGGGGUGGUGGGAGGAGCGGGAGGAGCGGCCACCAUGACCACCACCCAUCAUACGGAACCACCAAUGCGUGACCUUUCGCUGUACCAAAACAAUAGCCUACAGUUAGUCGUAAAGUAUCUUAUUCUAAUUAAUCUGUCAGUUGUAAGUGGCCAUGUAAAUAGUCGCACUAGGCUGGGAUCUUGCCCAGAAAUAUCCAGGUGGGUUCGCCAAAGCCCAUCGAAUACGUACAUGUAUGGAAUAAAUCAAACUAAAGCCAA